UGUUUAUGUUUACAGACGAAGACGAUACCUUCUUCCUCGAAUGUUGAGAAAAACUCUAACUUUAAUCUCACCAAGACCCUUCUCUUCUUCUUCCUUUGCGACUUCCCCAAAACCAAUCACCCAAUCGCCGCCCAAAACCCUCAAAACCCUAACCCAACUCCAAAAAUCCUCCUUUGAAUCUUCUCUCCGCCAUUCCCUAACCGCCCACGACACUGAUCAAGCAUGGAAGGCCUUCCGAUCAUUCGCCGCCGCUUCUUCUCUCCCCGACAAGCUUCUCCUCAACUCCCUAAUCACCCACAUGUCCUCCUUCCACGCCGGAGACACUUCCCUCAGGCACAGACUCAAGCGAGCCUUUGUUUCCGCUGCUUACGUCAUCGAGAAAGAUCCGAUUUUGCUUGAGUUCGAAACUCUCCGUACGCUUCUGGAGUCCAUGAAGCUGGCGAAAGCAGCCGCGCCUGCGUUGGCUUUGGUGGAGUGUAUGUUCAAGAACAGGUAUUUCGUUCCUUUUGAUCUCUGGGGGCAUUUGAUCAUCGAUAUCUGCCGCGAAAACGGCACCUUGGCUGCGUUUCUUAAGGUGUUUAGAGAAAGUUGCAGAAUUUCAGUCGACGAGAAGCUCGAUUUCAUGAAACCGGAUUUGGUUGCGAGUAACGCGGCUCUUGAAGCGUGUUGUUGGCAGAUGGAAUCUGUAGCUGAUGCUGAAAAUGUGAUGGAAUCUAUGGCUGUUUUGGGUGUGAAGCCUGACGAGUCCAGCUUUGGGUUUCUUGCUUAUUUGUAUGCUAGAAAGGGACUUAGAGAGAAGAUAAGUGAGCUUGAGGAUGCGAUGGAUGGUUUUGGGUUUGCAAGUAGGAGAAUCCUUUAUUCCAAUAUGAUCAGUGGGUAUGUUAAGAUGGGUGAUUUAGAUCGUGUUUCUGAUGUUAUACUGCAUAGUCUUAAAAGAGAUGGAAAAGAAGACUCUAAUUUCGGUGAGGAAACUUACUGUGAAUUGGUGAAAGGGUUUAUCGACAGCAAAGGGAUAAAGAGUUUAGCAAAACUGAUAAUUGAAGCUCACAAGUUGGAAUCUUUGUGUACUGAAUCUGACAAGUCAGUUGGGUUUGGUAUUGUAAAUGCUUGUGUCAAGUUUGGAUUUUCGGGUAAAAGUAUUCUUGAUGAAAUGAGUGCUCAGGGAGGAUCUGGUGGGAUUGGAGUUUAUGUACCGAUCUUGAAGGCGUAUUGCCAAGAGAACAGAACAGCUGAAGCUACUCAGCUGGUUAAAGAGAUCAGCAGCGCUGGGGUUCAGCUAGAUGUCGAGACCUACAAAGCUUUGAUCGAAGCUUCCAUGACGAAACAGGAUUUUGUAUCUGCGCUUGCGUUGUUUAGGGACAUGAGAGAAACAAGAGUAUCGGAUUUGAAAGGGAGCUACUUAACGAUAAUGACAGGUCUCCUUGAGAAUCAGAGACCUGAGCUAAUGGCAGCUUUUGUGGAGGAAGUUUUGGAAGAUCCUCGCGUGGAAGUGAAGUCACAUGACUGGAAUUCGAUUAUUCAUGCCUUCUGUAAAUCCAGGCGCAUAGAAGACGCAGAGAGGACCUUCAGAAGAAUGGUUUUCCUUCGGUAUGAGCCGAAUCACCAGACGUACUUGUCGUUGAUCAAUGGAUAUGUGAACUGCGAAGAGUAUUUUGAGGUGGUUGUUUUGUGGAAAGAGUUCAAAGACAGGAAAACAAAACUGGACCAUGCUCUUGCGGAUGCGUUUUUGAAUGCGUUGGUUAAAGGAGGGUUCUUUGGCACGGCGAUGCAAGUGGUAGAGAAAUGUCAGGAGAUGAAGAUAUUCUUGGAUAAGUGGAGGUACAAGGCAGCGUUCAUGGAGAGACUGAAGAAUCUCAGAUUGCCAAAGCUGAGGAAGAAGAAGAUGAGGAAAAUUUUAUUCCUUGAUGCCUUUAAGAACUGGGUUGGUCUUACCACAUGAAAAGCUCUCAAAAGACAGACCCAAAAGUUAUCUGUUGAUCUCUCUCGGACAUCAUCUCACAGUGCAAGAGUGGUCAUUCUUUUUUGUUGUUUUUAAUUAGAAAAGCGGCUAAGACAGAAAUUGUAGUGCCAUUGGUUAGAAAAUCUGAAAUGAAAGAUCAACUUGCAUAUAGCUGAAUCAUUCAAAUUUUAUACUUUGUACCUUCUCUAUUAUUACGAAAACCUCUCAAAUAACAU